GAGCCCGUUCGCGGUUCUCUGGUCGAAGUUUGAUCACGCUGGAGCCCGCGAGCACAAGCCGGAGCUCGAGUGUCGUCGCCCUCCUACCCCCACGGAGCCGGCCGGCCGUCCGCAGACAUGACGGACUACGACGAGCGCGCGUCCAACAUGUAUCUGCCCAGCUGCACUUACUACGUCUCCACGCCCGAUUUCACGUCCGUCUCGUCCUUCCUACCGCAAAGCACCUCGUGCCAGGUGAAUUUCCCCUACUCCGCCAACAUCGGCCAACCUGUUCGGGAGGUCUCGUUCAGGGACUACGGACUUGAGCACCCCAGCAAAUGGCACUACCGGGGAAACUACGCGUCCUAUUACUCUUCGGAGGAGCUCAUGCAGCACCGGGAUUUGCUGCAGUCGUCCUUCAAGAGCGAGCCGCUGUACGGCGGCACACACGCAGGCGCCGGCUCGCCCUGCAACUUAUUUCCUGGCGUGGGACGCAACGGAGUCCUGCCGCAGGGCUUCGACCAGUUCUUCGACGGCUCCAACUCGGAGAAAGCCGCCGCCGAGACGGCGAGAAACAAGAAUGACGACGCCGAUACCAAGACGGACGAAGCCGGAAACGGCGACUCGGCAGCGGCGGCGACGACCGGCGCGGAUGACGACUCGUCGUCCAACUGCGGCGACAAGAGCAGUCAACAGCAGACCUCGUCGACCAAAUCAAGGAAGAAAAGGUGUCCGUACUCCAAGUACCAGAUCCGCGAACUUGAACGCGAGUUCUUUUUCAACGUGUACAUCAACAAGGAGAAGCGCCUGCAACUGUCCAGGAUGCUCAACCUGUCCGACCGCCAGGUGAAGAUUUGGUUCCAGAAUAGAAGGAUGAAGGAGAAGAAGCUCAACCGCGACCGUCUACAGUACUUCACUGGCAACCCCCUCUUCUGAUAAACAUACAGUAUAUAUAUAUUCCGUAUAUAUUAAUAAGUAAACACGCCAAAGACUGCUCCUUCUUGUGUAAUCUAUUAGUUGCCGACGUGUCGACUGCAUUUAUUUAUGAAUCUAUCCUCACUUGAUCAGGAACAAACCAGAUUAUUUAUUCUAUGUGCAUUUCAAGGAUGCAUGUCAUGUGGUGUCAGUGUGUCAAACAAAAAUGUUCAACUAAAUAACAAGCAGCUGACAUGCAGGGAAAGUGUGUUGCGUGCGUGUGUAUGUAUGUGUGUGUGUGUUCACGCCUUUAUUUCCCCUUCUCUGAAACACUGGAUUGUUUACUAAACCUUGAACCGUCUAGACACAAUCAUAAAAGCAGCUGUAAAUGUCUAAAUAGGGGCUAUUGGACUUUGCAGCCCCUCACCAUCCAAGUAUCCCUUUUUUCCUGCCUCAAAGUACAGUUGCAAAAUCCGGGAAGCUGGAAACAUCUUUUUUUGUUGUUGUUGGAUGUUCAACAUGGACCAAUUUGGACUUGGACUAUGUGUUUUGUCAAUGGACGUGAGCGUGUGUGCUUCAUAGUGAUUAUCCAAGUGGUCAGAUAUGACCCCGGGCUAAUUUAGUAAUCAUGCAUUUUUAAUUGAAGUCGACCACCGCAUCCACUAUCUGCAGGGAAACGGUUUUAAAUAACAAGUUUCAUAAGGCGUUUAAUUGCGUGGCGGUCAAAGUCCAGCAGUGAAAUGACAUGAUGUUGUCCAAAAUGUCCACAUGAGGGCAGCGUUGUAGUUUUGGAGAGGGGUGAAAGCAGCCAAAGAACAAAAGCGCUUAAUGCUUUCAACACAUGUUGGCUUUGGGGUUUCGCUUCAACUCGGUACAGAACAUUUUAUUUUAAAAAAAGAAAUGAAAAGAAAAGAAAAAAAAAAAAAAACUCAUGUGAUUUUAUUUAGGAUAUUUCAGCUUUCUUUUUGACAUCAGCUAAAAUGCAAAAAAAGUGAUACAAUCUUAUUUUUACUUGAACGCACAAAUUACCCCCAUGCUGGGUUUGCGUCACGCAGCAAAUGUAUAAACCAAAUGCUAAACGGUCGCCUCCAUUUGUAUUUUGCUUUAAGACACAUUUAAAAAGUGUUUCUGCCAAGAGGACAAUUAUACACUCACGUAUAUUCUUUUUUAAACUGUUUGUCGUUGAGACAUAUUGUAGAUUGUGUGUGUGAGAAAGUGUGUGUGAGGGAACUGUUGGUCACGCAUGUAAAAGGAAAAUAAAAUACUAUUCAUUACUGUUCCAUAUUUGGAAUCAGUGAAAAAGAAUGACGGAAAAUUGUCCUCAAUGUGCCAAAUUAAAAGUAAGAAUUGUAACAGUUUAUUAAUUCAGCAAAUGUUCAGAAAUAUAAACGUGCGUAAAUUUACUUUACCACAGAUUUUAUUGAAACAAUUUUUAAAGGGCAAAAAAAAAAAAAAAA